AUGGGUUUACCUAGCCACCCGGUACCGAUGAAACGACGCGAUCUUCCCUCUGCUCCUUGGGUGGAUGUUGCAGUUGAUCUAUUAGGUCCGCUGCCGAACAACGACUACUUGCUUGUUCUUAUUGAUUAUUACAGCAGGUACAAAGAAAUCAAAUUUACCAAAACAAUCACAAGUUUGCAGAUACUCAAGUUGCUAAAAGAAAUAUUCAGUCGUCUCGGAUAUCCUUCAUCAAUCACAGCAGAUAAUGGACGGCAAUUUGUUAGUGAUGAGUUCAAGGAAUAUUGCCGACAAUGCAACAUAAAAUUGUUCAACACUAUACCUUACUGGCCUCAGCAAAAUGGUGAAGUCGAGAGGCAAAACCGGGAUAUUUUAAAAAGAUUAAAAAUCAGUUACAUGCAAAAGGAAGAUUUAAAGGAAAGUGUGUGGGAGUACUUAAUGAUGUACAACUCAACCCCACAUACUGUAACAGGGAAAACGCCCAGCGAACUUUUCUUUUGUAGACAAAAUAGAGAUAAAAUCCCUUCUAUAAUUGAUAAUAAGAUAGAUGAUUCUGAAGUAAGAGACAAAGACAAAAUAGAGAAAGAGAAAGGAAAAGAGUAUGGAGACAGAAAACGCCACGCUGAACAUUCAACACUUUUAGAAGGAGAUAAAGUUUAUAUAAAAGAUAUAGGAAAAGGAAAUAAGUUAACAACGACAUAUAAGCCGACACCGCAUGUUGUAGAACAUUCGGACGGUGGAGACGUAAUAGUAAGGAAUGAAGAAACUGGCCAAAAGCUUAGACGCAACGUCAUCCACUUGAAGAGAGUUGAAGGCGAGUGGAAAGUUCAUAGUGACGAUCAAAGUAUUGCCAAGCAGGAUCAAAAUGAGAAUGAUUAA